AUGCAGCAAAAGAGCCGGUGGAGGAUACAGAUCCAAGAACUCUUUCCUUAAAAAUGACUGAAAAAUAUCCUGUCCAAGACACAGGAGUACCUAAAGAUGAGGAAUACCUAACAGAUCAAGUGACACUGGAAAUUGCUUCUGUGAACAUCAAGACCCUGACAUCAGAUUCAGGCCUAAUCCAACAGCCAGAAGACAAAGACACACAAAACCAUACUGAUGAAUCACUUUCAGAUCUCAAGAAAACCUGCAAGGAAAACAGCACCUGCUCCUUGUGCUUGUUCCGUGCACCGACUAUCAGUGACAUGCUCAAUGAUGAGGACUUGUUGUACACAGUGAGGCUAAAGCUGGAUCCCUGCCACCCAACAGUGAAAAACUGGAGAAAUUUAGCAAGCAAGUGGGGGAUGACUUAUGAUGAAUUGUGUUUCCUUGAACAGAAGCCCCAAAGUCCCACCUUGGAGUUCUUGCUACGGAAUAGUGAUCGGACUGUGGAGCAGCUGAUUGAUCUCUGUAAAUUUUACAAGAGAAUUGAUGUUGUGAAGGUGCUGCUGAAAUGGGUGGAGGAGGAAUGGCCAAAGAGAGGGAACAGAACUUACCAGAAUGACUUCUAGGUCAAAGAAAGUUGUUAGUCCAUAGUUUUAAAUGCUGGGACUAGCUGCCACUAGUGUGUGGGAAGCUUUCCUUGCAAGAGAGAGAGCCUCUACUGACAGUUUGUGGACUGUGUAAGCCUUAUGUAUGGUAUACACGUACGUAUGUUCUGUGCCCUCAGGGUGGCAGAGAUAACCUUCUGAAAAUGGAUGGAAUAAUGCAGGUUGUGCUCUUGAGUCUACAGGUGCUUUCAGUUUCUUGCUGCUGCUCAUAGGCUUCCUAAGCAGCAGGGGAAGGAGAAAGCCAGGCCGCUGGUUUUAACUGCAGCAGUUGUGAACCGUGCGAGUUGUAUGCGGUUGCUAUUGGGAAAGCCACAAUUAGAAGGCAUGACCCUUGGCCCUUCUGGCAGCUCUUCCACAGUUUUAUGUGUUCUACCUAGUAGAAGA